AAUGCACUGGAAUUCGCAAUGAAAAUUAACAAAAAAUAAAGAAAUCAGUGCAUAAGGUGCAAAAUAUGAGUUCAUCAAGGCACCAUUGCUUUUCCCUACUCUUCUUUCUUCUCUUUCACAAGAUUUCCUGCGCAACUGAUACCAUAACGGCAAGUUUGUCCGUGAAAGAUGGUAAAGGAGAGACCGCCAUUGUUUCCUCUAAUGGAGCCUUCGAACUGGGUUUCUUCAGCCCAGGUAAGUCUGGGAAUAACCUAUAUCUUGGCAUAUGGUACAAGAGCAUAUCUGUUAAAACUGUGGUGUGGGUCGCCAACCGGGAAACCCCUCUGAAUACUACCUCAGGAAUCCUUAAAAUCAUCAAACCCGGAGUUCUGGUUCUCCUCAAUGAAGCUAAUAGCACCAUAUGGUCAACAAAUACCUCAAGAACAGUGCAGAAUCCCAUUGCGCAGCUUCUGGGUUCUGGGAAUCUUGUCAUUAAAGACGCAGGGGAUGGCAAUGAAGAGAAGGAUUUUGUGUGGCAGAGUUUUGAUUACCCAACUGAUACAUAUUUGCCAGGGAUGAAAUUAGGUUGGAACUUUGUAACUGGGCAUGAGACAUACCUAACAUCCUGGAAGAGCAGAGAAGACCCAUCAACUGGGGAUUAUAUGUAUUACAUGAAUCGCAAUGGUUUUCCACAGAAUUUCCUGAAUAAGGGCUCAGCUGUGGUGUAUAGAUCUGGGCCGUGGAAUGGUUUCCAGUUUAGUGGGUCACCAAAUUCAAGAAAGAGCCCUUUCUAUGAAAUUGGAUUUGUUUUUAACCAAACCGGAGCAUACUUCACUAACCAGCUUCUUCAACCACUUUUAACCCGGGCAACAUUGAGAGGAAAUGGUUUUCUGGAACGCACAACAUGGAUUGAUCGGACUCAAAGUUGGGGCCUUUACCUCUCUAUACCCACAGACACCUGUGAUACUUAUAAGCUGUGUGGUGCCUAUGGAAUAUGCAACAUUCAAAGCUCUCCUGUGUGUGGGUGCCUGGAAAAGUUUGAGCCAAAGAACCAAGCAGAUUGGCUCCAGGCAGAUUGGUCAAGUGGUUGUGUAAGGAGGACCCCUCUGAGUUGCAAUGAAGGAGAGGGGUUUCUCAAGUACUCUGCUAUCAAAUUGCCAGACACUCAGAAUGCUUGGUUCAAUCAGACGAUGACACUCGAAGAGUGCAAGGCGAUUUGCACCAAAAAUUGCUCUUGUAUGGCUUACUCAAACAUAGAGAUUCGCAAUGGAGGAACCGGGUGCUUCAUGUGGUUCGAUGACCUGCUCGACAUUAGAUUAGUACCAAAGGAAGGGCAAGAUAUUUAUAUCCGGGUGGCUGCUUCUGAGAUUGUCUCCCAGGUCGGAUCGAGUCGUUCAAGUGGAAAGAAACGAAAGAUAAUCAUUAUUGCUGUGUUGCCAUCGGCUGGAGUGUUUAUGCUAACUCUGAUUCUUGUGGGCUGCUAUAGAAGGAAGAAAUAUUCAGAGGGGAAACAUAAAGUGAGGCGAGGGCGUAACACGAGGGAUUAUAAUGAAGAAGACAACAGUGAUGAGUUUGAGCUACCUGUGUUUGACUUAACGACACUAAAUAAGGCGACUGACAACUUUUUAAUGGAGUACAAGCUUGGAGAGGGUGGAUUCGGACCUGUUUACAAGGGUGUGCUAGAUAAUGGACAGGAAAUAGCUGUGAAGCGGCUCUCGGGAACUUCUACACAAGGACAGGAUGAGUUCAAGAACGAAGUACUGUGCAUCGCUAAACUCCAGCAUAGAAAUCUAAUAAGGAUGUUAGGAUGCUGCAUUGAGGGAGAAGAAAAAACGUUGAUCUAUGAAUUCAUGCCAAAUGGAAGUCUCGAUGCAUUUAUAUUUGAUGAAGCACAAAGCAGACUUCUAGAUUGGCCAAAGCGCUUCCAAAUUAUCGACGGGAUAGCUCGGGGCCUUAUGUAUCUUCAUCAAGAUUCCCGACUCAGAAUCAUUCAUAGAGAUUUAAAAGCUAGCAACAUCUUACUGGAUAGCAACUUGGAACCAAAGAUAUCCGAUUUUGGGAUAGCAAGAUUCAUGGGAGGGAAUGAAAUAGAAGCCAAGACACACAGAGUAGUAGGAACAUAUGGCUAUAUCGCUCCAGAAUACGCAUCACGUGGCCUCUAUUCAGUAAAGUCCGAUGUAUUUAGCUUCGGUGUCUUGGUAUUGGAAAUUAUAAGUGGGAAGAGGAAUACAAAAUUUACUAGUCCAGAUGAUGACAUCAACCUUCUUGGAUAUGCAUGGAAGCUGUAUAGAGAAGGUAGAUCAAUGGAGUUGCUCGAGCCACAUUUAAGCGACACACAUUCUCUUUCGAUAUCCGAAGUGUCCAGGUCGAUUCAUGUGGCUCUAUUGUGCGUGCAACAACGGCCAGAAGAUAGGCCAAGCAUGUCUUCCGUGAUCCUAAUGUUGAAUAAUGAAGGUGUCUUGCCCCCAGCUAAACAGCCAGGUUUUUUCACAGAAGGUGAUGGUACCAACUGUUCUAGCAGAAAUGACCUAAGAUCAACAAACGAGAUCACCAUUACAAGCUUAGAACCGCGCUAGAAAGCGUCCAUUGCAGAUGAACACGGAAAAUUUUGCCCCGUCUCAGUUUCGAUUAUUUACCAGGAAUGAAGGUUGGGAAGAACCUGGGAAAUGCAGCAUCAACAAAAGUUCAAAUAUUGCAUUGAUUUUUUAUUUGAGGAAGAAAUAUUGCAUUAAUUCUCAUAGGAGCCGCUCGUGUGAGAUUGUUUCAUGUAAGAGAGGUGAUAGAAAUAUAUUAUUACAUUGAUUGAUUUAAUUCUUAUAGGGAAAAAGG